AUGGAAGAAAAUGAUCACGGCAACAGAGACGUGGUGGAGCGGCAGGAGUCGGCGGAUGAAUCAAACAGAGCCAUCCUUCCCCUCUUACAGGCGCCGGGGAACCUGCAGAUCCCUCACCGUGUCACCAAUUUCUUCAUCGACAACAUACUGCGGCCGGAUUUCGGACGGAAAAAGGACGGGGGCGCAAACCGCGAAGAGAGUAGCCUGGCAUCGCGGGAGAGCCACAACAGCCCCGCCGCCCCUCAGACUGAGCCGGUGGGGAGCACGGUGCCGGCGGAGGGGACCUCCACUCCGCACACGGUUACCGGGACCAAGAAGCCCGCUAUAGCCGCCGAGGAGCCCCUGAAACCCCGCGGGGUGAACGCAGACCAGUGCCUAAGCUCAGACUCAGACAGUUCCCAAGCCAGCUCAAACCCAUCCCAGUCCCAGCCCAUGCUGUGGCCAGCCUGGGUCUACUGCACCAGAUACUCGGACAGGCCUUCUUCAGGGCCAAGAUCUCGCAAACCAAAGAAGAAAACGACCAGCAAAGAGGACAAGCGACCACGGACGGCCUUCACAGCAGAGCAGCUGCAAAGACUAAAAACGGAGUUUCAGACAAAUCGCUAUCUGACCGAGCAGAGGCGGCAGAACCUGGCGCAGGAGCUGGGCCUCAACGAGUCCCAGAUCAAGAUCUGGUUCCAGAACAAGAGGGCCAAAAUCAAGAAGGCCACCGGCGCUAAAAACAGUCUGGCCUUGCACCUGAUGGCACAGGGACUGUACAAUCACGCCACCGUCACGUCGAAAGACGAAAAAUCAGACAGCGAUUGAUUUCCAGAGAAGUCACAGCAGCCUCCUGACGAAAAAGAACCUAUAGUAAUCCUAUGAUAGAUUUUUAUUGAGAUAUCACCGGAAAACUCUACCUACAGGAAUAUUUAAUGAUACCACAGCAGAUAAAAAUACCAUAAAGUUCUAUUACUGUCACUACAGAUGGGUCCAGGACACCACAGGAAAUUAAAAAAUAAAUAAAUAAAAGUACAAAGGAACAAUAAGGUCACUGGACUGCUAAGA